AAAGAAUCAAUUAAAAGAACUUGUAAAAAUAGUUCAUAUGACCAAGGAGAUGAAGUCACUAUGACAAUUGGAUACUAGCCAGAAUUCUCUAAGGUAUGAAGAAAAUGAAGGAAAUUGCUCUUGGACUAAAAGUUUCUUAAGCUUAAAUAUGUCUUCAAAUAUACUUACUGACUCUGUUUUCAGAUGUUUACCUCCCAGGAUCAAGGUACUUGAUCUUCACAGUAACAGAAUAGAGAGGAUCCCUAAAGAUGUCACCUCUCUGGAAGCUUUGCAAGAACUCAAUGUUGCUCUCAAUUCUUUAACCGACCUUCCUGGAUGUGGCGCCUUUAGCAGCCUCUCUGUACUGAUCAUUGACCAUAAUUCGGUUUCCCAGCCAUCCACUGAUUUCUUCCAGAGCUGCCAGAAGGUUAGGUCAAUAAAAGCAGGGAACAAUCCAUUCCAAUGUACCUGCGAGCUAAGAGAAUUUGUCAAAAAUAUAGGCCAAGUAUCAAGUGAAGUGGUGGAGGGCUGGCCUGAUUCUUAUAAGUGUGACUACCCAGAAAGCUAUAGGGGAACCCCUCUAAAAGACGUUCACAUGUCUCCAUUAUCCUGCAACACAGCUCUGCUGAUGGUCACCAUUGGGGCCACCACGCUGGUGCUGGCCGUUACCGUGACCUUCCUCUGCAUCUACUUGGAUCUGCCCUGGUAUCUCCGGAUGGUGUGCCAGUGGACCCAGACCCGGCACAGGGCUAGGAACAUACCCUUAGAGGAACUCCAGAGAACUCUCCAGUUCCAUGCUUUCAUUUCUUAUAGUGAACAUGAUUCUGUCUGGGUGAAGAAUGAGUUGGUGCCUUGCCUAGAAAAAGAAGAUAUACGGAUUUGCCUCCAUGAGAGAAACUUUGUUCCUGGCAAGAGCAUUGUGGAAAAUAUCAUAAAUUGCAUUGAGAAGAGUUACAAGUCCAUCUUUGUUUUGUCUCCCCACUUUGUCCAGAGCGAGUGGUGCCAUUAUGAACUCUACUUUGCCCACCACAAUCUCUUCCACGAAGGAUCUGACAACUUAAUCCUGAUCUUGCUGGAGCCCAUCCCACAGAACAUCAUACCCAGCAAGUAUCACAAGCUGAAGGCUCUCAUGGCACAACGGACUUAUUUGGAAUGGCCCAAGGAGAAGAGCAAACGAGGACUUUUUUGGGCUAAUCUAAGAGCAGCCAUUAAUAUUAAGUUGAUGGAGCAAGCAAAAGAAAUAAGUCACAUGCAGAGCUAAAAAUAUUUCUUCUUCCCACUGCAAAAUAUGCCAAAAUAAACAAAAUUUCCCAUUGUCAAUGUUGCUACUUUUGGAAGUUCCAACAAUGACUUUAUUUUGCAUCAACACAAGUCUAAACCCAAUUUUGAGUUUAUGAUGUAGAUAAAAAUAUGUGCCUCCUUUCAGGUCCCCGUUUACCAUGGUAAUAAAAAUUAAUGAAAUAAUGUAAUUUUGAUUUAAGCAGUUAAUUUCUGACACAUGUUUCUUUGCUGUAACUGAAUUCAUCAAAUUUAUCUUGAAGUCAAGAGAAGCACUUGUUUGUCUUCAGUGGUGUAUGUUCCUGGGUGCCAGGGUCAAUAUUAGAAAACUCUGUGACUUUUACUCCUACAGCUGGGUUUCUGUGGGAGAUUUAUGUAGCUCUUGGUGCCUUCCCCAUUUCCACUCAGCAUUCACCUCCACAUGCUGAAGGCUGCUCAUUCCCACUGCUGGAGACUAUGUCUGAAGGGGCUUCUUCCUGGCUAUGAGGUUCAUACAAAGGGCAAUUCAGAAGUGAUGGGAGAGCUAUCCUUGGAAGCAGCCCCCAAUCAAUGUCAGAAAGAAAACCGGUGGAUAAAUAGGUCAACUUUCUCACCCAGUGUUUGAGAUAAAUCUGGGGUGUACUUUACACUCUCCCUGACUUUCUCUGUAAGAUAAGAUUCUGGUUGUCCACCAUAGAAAUGGCUUGAUAAAUACAGUAUUCUCUACUUGGCUCCUUCGUAAUUUUUUCUCAUUUAUUCAUUCCUCUAUGGGUGUUUUCUGGGAUUACUUCUGAAAUAAACUACUUGCAGCUGAAUACUUGUCUCAGAGUCUGCUUCCAGGGAACCCAAACCAAGAGUGUUUUCUACCUCAAUCGAAAUGGAAAUUUGGAGUCUAGUUUUCUGUGGCUGGAGAUCUUGCUGAGAUUCUAGUUGUCUGAACUAACACACACAAGAGCCUUUGCUCUUUUGCUCAGAAGGAAGAAUAUAGUUGAUAUGUAGUACUUCUAUACAUAGCAUCCCUCUCUUCGGGGAACUAUUAAAAUAGAGGAUGAGUGGAUUGGGCAGUGCAAGGAAUGGACUAUAUCAGAUGUUUUUAUACUCAUCAAACAUCUUCUCAGUCUACCUUUCUACUCUGGUAGCCAGCUCUGGACAAGUGUAGCCUGACAAGCACCUUGUCAUAAUUGCAACAUUUAACUUUCACAUGACUUCACGAAUAGCACUGCAUGGGAUGCUUACAGAAGCCUGUCCAACCAUUCUGAGACAUUCACAAACCUAGAAGUGCCAAGGAUAUUCUGUGAGGUGACCCUUGACCACUUUGUGAUGGGAGCCAUUAGAUAAAUAUUCUUCUAUUCUUGGGUAAAAACAAUAACAAAAUAAAAUGAGGCAUAGUCUACAUUGCUUCUCAAACAGUCCCCAAUGGCACUGAGCUUUACUUACCCAUGGAAUAAUGAGCUCAAUAACUCACUCCUGGAUUGGUUUUCCAUUCUUCCUUGUUUUACUCUUCUCAUUCUCCUCACUCGUCGUGAGCCCUGAGAUUACUUCUCCAAACAAAAGACCUGCAUACACCUGUCUCAUUCUCCACAUUUUUGGGGGGAGGGAACCCAAAUAACGCAUAUGUAUACUAUUAGCUUCUUGCUCUAAGGAACUCACAGUCAAUCAGAGGAUGUUAUAUGUAUCCAAAUAACUAAAAUAAAAAUCAA